AAGCAGGAACCGGGAUACCCAAGGGCUGCAUCCGCACGGGAAGAUGCUGCCGGCGACGUUCAAGCUCUGCGCUGCCAUCUCCUACCAGCACCUGCGGAACAUGAGGGGUCUCAGAAGACAAGCGGCCCUCACCAUCGGCCAGGAGCUGAGCAAGCUCGUGUGCCGCAGCCCCGGCCCCGGGCCCUGGAUCAGCCACGUGCGCAGGAGGAGCUCCUUGCUCAGCUCAAGGCUGGAGGAGAAGCCCUUCAGCGACGUGGAAAUGUCCUACAUCAAACAAGGGGAAGAAGCGCUCCAGAAAUCCCUGAGCAUCCUCGGGAACCAGGACGGCUGGAAGAUGGAGACGGAGCUGCAGAACGGAGACCGAGUGCUGAGCAAGGUGCUCCCGGACGUGGGGAAGGUGUUCCGCCUGGAGGUGGUGGUGGAUCAGCCCCUGGAUGCGGUGUACAGUGAGCUGGUGGACAACAUGGAGCAGAUGGGAGACUGGAACCCCAGCGUCAAGGAGGUCAAGAUCCUGCAGAGGAUUGGCAAGGACACGGUCAUCACCCAUGAGAAGGCAGCUGCUCCCCCCGGGAACAUCGUUGGACCCAGGGACUUUGUGAGCGUCCGGUGCUCCAAGAGACGCGGCUCCACUUGUGUCCUGGCUGGAAUGGCCACGCAGUACGGAGCCGUGCCGGAGCAGGAGGGCUUUGUAAGAGCAGAGAAUGGCCCCACGUGCAUGCUGCUGCGCCCGCUGUCCGGCCGGCCCUCGCACACCAAGCUCACUUGGCUGCUCAGCAUCGACCUCAAGGGUUGGCUGCCCAAGAGCAUCAUCAACCAGGUCCUGGCCCAGACCCAGGUGGACUUUGCCAACCACCUCCGGCGGCGCCUGGCACGGACGGCGGCCCCACAGUGCUGAC